AUGAGCGGUGCCCCUUUGAAAUUCGAAUCCCCAAUUCAAGACGCAAUUUCCAGAAUCCGAUUCGCUCCAACCUCGCACAACCUCCUCAUCUCUUCUUGGGACUCCAAACUGAGAUUGUAUGACGUGGAGAGCUCGCUGCUCAGAUUAGAAGCUCCGUCGGAGGCUGCGCUACUCGAUUGUUGCUUCCAGAAUGAAACGGCGGCGUUUAGCGCCGGCUCUGAUGGCUGUGUUAGGAGGUAUGACUUGCAUUCUGGAAGUUGUGAGACGAUUGGGAACCAUGAUGACAUAGCAACCUGCAUUGGAUAUUCCGAUGAAACAAGCCAGGUAAUCAGUGCUGGUUUGGACAAGAAGAUAUAUGCCUGGGACGCACGAAUGGAGAAGGGUAAAGGAUAUGCGUUUGAAAGUCUCAACUCAGAGGUGACAUCCAUGUCACUCUCGGGUCUCAACAUGAUGGUAACCAUGGGAGCAUCAAUACUCAUGUGUGAUUUGCGAAGCCCUCUAAAACCAUUUGAAUCAAAAGAUUCAGAUUUGAAGACAACGAUUAUAUGUGGUAGUGCGAGUCCGCAUGCUAAAGGAUUUGCUGUUGGCUCUGCAGAUGGACGAGUAUCCUUGGAGAUUCUCCAUCCAUCUAAUUCAGAUACUAGAUAUAUGUUCCGGUGUCAUCCGAAGUCAACUGAUAGAAGAUAUCAUCUAGCAGCGGUGAAUGAAAUUGUGUUCAAUCCUAUCAUUUACGGUGCCCUUCUUACCGGAGAUGAUGAGGGUCAUGUUAUUGCAUGGGAUGCUCAAACCAGAAAGAGGCUGUUUCAGUUGCCUAAGUACCCAAAUAGUGUGGCUUCCUUAUCGUAUCACCACCAGGGACGACUGUUGGCUGUUGCAUCAAGCUACACAUAUCGGCAAGCUAUUGAAUUAGAAGAGGCCCCUCAGAUAUUUAUACAUGAUUCUGGAAUCAAUCUCUUCCUUUCAGAGCUCAGCAAGUCAGCCAUGUCCGACGAGGAGCACCACUUCGAGUCUAAGGCCGACGCCGGAGCCUCCAAGACCUAUCCUCAGCAGGCAGGCACCAUCCGAAAGAACGGUUACAUUGUCAUCAAAAACAGGCCCUGCAAGGUUGUGGAGGUUUCUACUUCCAAAACCGGCAAGCACGGACAUGCCAAGUGCCACUUUGUUGGUAUUGACAUCUUCACUGCCAAGAAGCUUGAGGAUAUUGUUCCCUCUUCCCACAAUUGCGAUGUUCCCCAUGUCAACCGUACUGACUACCAGCUGAUUGAUAUCUCUGAGGAUGGAUUUGUGAGUCUGCUGACUGAGAAUGGUAACACCAAGGAUGACCUGAGGCUUCCAACCGAUGACAAUCUGCUUACACAGAUCAAGGAUGGCUUUGCUGAAGGGAAAGACCUGGUUGUGUCUGUGAUGUCUGCUAUGGGUGAGGAGCAGAUCUGUGCUCUCAAGGACAUCGGUCCAAAGUAGUUGUCUUUUAUUCCUCCAGAAGCUUUUAGACUUAAAAUUUAAAUUGGGACGGUUUAUUAGUAUCUUGAAGGGUCACCAUUCGAGAGCAAUUCUUGAUUGUAGUUGGCCUUGGAUUAUAUGUUGAUGUCGCCAUUAAUUAGCUUAUCAUCCAUACUCUUCUGUUUAUUGUCUAGACCAUAUGCCCUAUUUCAUGGUGUUGGUAACUCGUAUUAAGACUGUAUAGUUUCCUUUCUA